AGCCUUCUCAUUUCCCGUCGUACGUCCUCUACGAGGUUUUAUCCUUGGGUAGAAACAGAAAACAAACCCCCCAAAUAAUAUGAUGCGACGUCGUUGUGUCGGGAGAGCGUCGCUUGCGGUGGCAUCCUCCAACUUCUCUCCCUUCCUUAGCACCGGUGGUGGUGGCGGUGGUCGCCCUCCGUCCACCGGAUCGACCAGCUGCGCCGUCUGCACACCGACGCGCGCGCAGAGCAGUCGCGGUCACGGCGGCAGCAAGAGCGGUGAUGGCAGCCGUCUGCACACCUUCAUAUCUGACAACCGCAGCGCCACCUCGUCCUUUCCGGCAUCCUCUGUAGGCUCGCGCAGAGGGAACCGCGGCGGCGGCGGUGCCGCGUUUGUAUCGCCGACAGCAGCAGCCGGGUCCACCGCUUCUUCCUCCGCCGCAACAAUGUCCGACUGGGCCACGCAGCUCCAACGCGAGCUGAUGAGCCCCGUCGAUCCCCUCGGGGGCUUGGCGCACAGGGAUUACUACCGCGACCCGGCGUCCGGCUACGCACCUCAGUACGCCCCACGCGACUUUGUGCACGGCGGCCGCAUCGCCUACCCUCAUACCCAACCGGGCAGCUCGCAGGCCUACGCCGCCGCCGCCGCACAGCGGGACUGGCUCCGCCACGAUGUCGAGUCCAUGCGCUUCGCAUCGCAGGAAGCGCGGGCGACAGCACGGCAGCUCCGCAGUGGUGCCGAGCGGGAGUGUUUUACGCAGCGUCACGUCCCGGCCGAUCGCUUUCAAUCUGCCUUGCCGUCGAGCGCGUCGGUGUCCGCGGUUGAUCUGCUGCGGUCGAGCGGUGCGCUGAGCGAUGAGAAGGUGCGACAGCAGGCUACCCUUGAUCGCUACCGCGCUGCCACCGCCGCGAAGUCUGGCACAGGUUCGGAUGUGUCGUACACGUCGGGGAAUGGCAUGAACAGCGAGGAGCUCUUGAACACCGUGGUCGAGGAGGUCGCGACCGCGAACGACGACCUGCUUGACGAGCAACUCCGGAUUGAGCACGGCCUGCGCGAGAAGGAGCGCUUCGACUUCAACGUUGUGAAGCGGUCGGCGCGGCUGCCUUUUGAGGGCUACGACAUGGACCGUCGCGUGGCGCAGCAGGCAGGGCGACCCCAAGGGGCACAGCAGCUCCCACCGACGGUUCCGCCGUCCUCGAUGGAGGAGGCGAUGAAGAACUUGCGCGGUGGCAGCGACACAUUACCCGAUGUCGAGGCCCAAGCUCGGUUGACUUAUGCCAGCAACACCACCACCGAGGAGCCGAAGCUCGGUGAGGCUUUGACCCGCGAUGUCGUCAAUAACGUCCACGCGCAGCGCCAAAGCGCACAGAACACCAAGGCGCAAACCCGUAAGCAACGUUUUGGCCUCGGGCGGCAAGGGGCGCUGGUGCAGGACGGCGGGCCGGACAAACGCACACUCCGCAAGCACGCAAACGACGAGCGACUGGUCGAUGCGGUGCUCUUCGCCUCCAACGCGUACCGACGCACCGUGACGGACGAGCACGUCGACCCCUAUCUACGGCGCAGCACGGCGAAGGGCGUCGGCCACCUCCUCAACAACCGCUUCGACAUGCAGCGCCGCGAGGACCGCGUCGCACGCGGGCAGCAGGACUUGACGGAGCGCAACACCGUGCACUACGGCGUGCCGAUUCAGCAGUCGGUGGACGAGUUUGUCGUCUCGCACCGCAACGCCCGCGGGGAGCGGCCGCUGGACUACUUCAAGCCGUUUCCGCACUUCCGCGCGCAGCGGCUGCAGCGCAUGUACCGCGAUGUGGAGGGCUUCUCGCUUAUGAAGCAGCGACCGGAGGCGUACGAGUGGGAGCUCUUUACCCGCUACCGCGCGCAUCACCAGCAGCGACGUGAGUUGGCGCUGCUGCACGGGCUGGAGCCGGUGGCGAACGAAACGGCCGAGGAGCGCGCUGUCCGUCGCGUAAAGCUCGAUGAAAUCUGCGAGAACACACCUUUUGACCCUACAAAACUGCAGCUGAACGAUGACGAGGUCGAGGUCGACGUGGAGACGCUGCGGAGCUGGUUUGGGGUGUAUGUGCUGCCGUCGCCGACCAUCGUCGAGGCCGUUGUGCGCGAGAGCGACAGCGCGCUGAGUCUGCACCUACACCACACACACGAUGAGCUGAAAACGCUGGACAAGCGCGAGCACGUGCUGAGCAGUCGGUACCUGAACCGUCUGCUGCUCUUUGAGGGCUUUCAGCACCGGUGGAACCGUGGGUUUACGCACGAGGUCUUCGGAAAAGCACCGGAGCCGGUCAUCAAGUACGCGCAGCCACCGGAGGUGUUGCAGUACUUCGACGCGGAGGAGCAGGCGAUGUACCAGCAGUACGUGAAGGAGGAGUCGGUGGCGCAGAUGGAGGAGUGGGCCAAGAUAACCCGCGGACGGCGCUACAUUGCAGAGAAGCGGCAGUACGGUGAGGUGGUCGGGCAGGGGAUGAAGGUGUCCGUGGUGGACGCGCGACACGCAGAGACGGGCGGUGUGCUGACCUUGACGGUGGACGCGUACGGUAAAGCGCUCAACCGCGUCGCGCGGGCCGAUGGGAGCGGCGAAGAAAGUGCGGCGGAUGCGCAUACGGUUGUGCGGAUAGACGGCCAGCCGUACACCGCCGUGCCCGGUAGUGAGCGUGCAGUGACGCCGCUGUCCGUCCGGCUAGAGUCGGGAGAGUCGAUGGAGAUGACAGACGAGGCCUUUUCGCGCUACCCGCUCGAGGUGCCGGCGAGUGCGACGUACAAUCACGCUCUGAACUACGGCAUCGGGGAGUACAGCUACAACCGCGGUAACUAUGUGGAGACGCAGGACGUUAUUUGGGAGGAGGCGACGGCCGGUGCAGUAGAAGGCUGGUCACCCGCGACGCACGCCGAUGGGCUUCGACCAGGUCUACCCGUCCGCGCUCGUCGGCGGCUCGCAACCGGUGCGGCGGCAACGCAGCAGGUGGAUGUCGUCGCCGCUGCUGCUGAUGUGUCCGGUGAUUUCCAGCGUGGACGCAUCGUGGAGUAUCUGCGGCAGCCCUUCUUCAAUCCCGACCCCCGUCUCGUCACGGUGGCUUUUCACGCCGACGGCGUAGUGCAGCAGGUGCCGCUGGCGGAUGUUUUGAUUUGGCAGCGUCGCUACCACGGGCCGGAGCGGACCACCGGCGACGAGUCACGCCGCUACAACCCCGCUGGCCUGCGCCGCUACAUCGACGCAGCGGACCCCAAGAACGAAAAGGCGGCACACGGCAGCGCCAGCGGCGGCGCGGACGGCGAGGACCACUUCCUUGAGAAGUACGAGCGUCGUCUGCCCGACACCGCGGUGAACAACAGGUACCGCACGACGAAGCAGAUCACGGAGUUGGACCAGUGGAACCGCUUCGACACGACUCGGCCGGAGAACUACCGUCCGCUGAGCAUCUCGCACCGCCGCGAUUACAUCCGCCAGGGCUACAUGCACCGCUAUACUCCGUGGGAGUGGAUUGCGAUCCAGGAGGCGGACCAGCCGAUUAUCUACGAGACGAUGCGACAAGACAACGUCGGCGCGAGCUAUUUCUUCUCGCUGAACCGCGCCUGGCGCUACAAGGCGCGCCCGCACGGUUACUUGCGCAACUACGAAAACGAGGUUCGCGACAUGCUGCAGUUUGUGGACGGUGUUACUCCGUGGAAGCAGGCGCAGAAGAUCCGCACCUACUGGGAGGUUCGCCAGCACCACCCGAUGCCGCAGUUCAAUCGACCGGAGGUGGCGAUGCACCGCAACAGCGCAGGUUUGCUGCCGUCGCACAUGUGGGACACGGAUAAGAAGACCGGUAAGGUGAAGGGCGUGAAGGACUCCGUACGCGACUACCAGACGAAGACACCGCUGCCGAAGUGGGUGCAACUGUAA